CAACCAUCAGCACCUUUUCCAGCGUUCGUCUAGCUCUGAGGCUCUGGGACGUAUAGGCGAUGCUGUUACAGCAUGGCUGAACACUCAUCAGACAUGGACAUCUCAUGGCCAUCCCUCUACGAUCCCGGCCUAGAGCUUCUCCACCUUGGAGGCCGUCCGCCUGCGCUUCCCGAUGGGCGCUAUCUUUACCAUGCUUCUGACAUUUUCACAUAUACGCUUUACUGGACCUUCAUAUUCUAUAUCCCGGCGUUUGUCCUCUGCGGGUUCUACGCCUUCUUCAAUCUUGCGUUUCCGCCACGCCAUAAUCGGAAGGGUCACACCCAACACUACUUUGAGGCAUCAGAGAACUCGUACGCCCUCGCGCCGCUCAUUGCAACGGGUGUACGAGCUCCACCGCGUGCACCGAAGCAGAACGAGGGUCGCUCCCGCCUGACCUUCGCUCUGCUCGUUCUAUUCGCAUUCCUCACCCUCGGGCUCCUGGGCUCGGUCAUAAGCUCUCUCGUUAUAGGUUACGUGCUAUACGGCCUAUACCGCGCGGGAAACUACACCAUGUCGACGUGGAUUCCCUUUCUGUGCGCUCUCAUGAAUGUGAUCAUAGGUUUUCUGAGUAUGUGGCCGUCGGUGAUAGACAUUGUCUGAGGGGUGGGGCAGGGACUUCUGCUCCCGCGGUGGCUACCUAUUCCUCAUGUACGUAUACAUUUGACGAACCCGUCGCACCCUUUGCUGCGCCUUGCGGUGUGGAACAGACUGAACCCCCGGCGCUCGCGCUCCUGCGUCGGGCAGGUUCUUCAACGC